AUGAUCUGCACUCCAAGCUUGUCUCACCCUACAAGGGAUUGAAGCUAGAAGAAGUUCGAGCAGGUUUAGAAGUUGGAGCGUUGGAGAAGAGGAGUCGCGGCUCUAACGGACGCCCGCAGUUUUCUGACCCGCAUUGAAAGCUGCUAAAUCGAGGCGAGACGGCGACCUCAGUCGAUUAUCUUUCCUUCCUCUGCUAUCCCAUGGAUAUUCACUGCAAAGCAGACCCUUUCACGGCCAUGCACCGGCAUGGGGGGGUAAACCAGCUCGGCGGGGUGUUUGUGAACGGCAGACCCUUACCUGACGUAGUUCGGCAGAGGAUCGUGGAGCUGGCACACCAAGGGGUCAGACCGUGUGACAUCUCAAGACAACUUCGGGUCAGCCAUGGUUGUGUCAGCAAAAUUCUCGGCAGGUAUUACGAAACCGGCAGUAUUAAACCUGGAGUUAUUGGCGGUUCCAAACCAAAAGUGGCCACUCCAAAAGUUGUGGAUAAAAUCGCCGAUUAUAAGAGGCAGAACCCCACCAUGUUCGCCUGGGAGAUCAGAGACCGACUGCUGGCUGAAGGGGUCUGCGACAACGACACGGUCCCAAGUGUGUCCUCUAUCAACAGGAUAAUACGGACCAAAGUUCAGCAGCCUUUCCAUCCAUCUCCAGAUGGGACAGGAACUACACUUACCACAGGACACACUAUAGUACCUAGCACAGCUUCCCCACCCGUAUCAAGUGCUUCCAAUGACCCAGUGGGUUCCUACUCCAUCAAUGGCAUCCUUGGAAUCCCUCGCUCUAACGGCGAAAAAAGAAAACGUGAUGAUGUUCUCUGGAGUGGCAACCACUUGGAUGGGAAGAAAAUAGGAUAUUAUGGCUCAGAUGGUCCAAACAGCGAUUCUCAGGGCAGCGUAGAGAGCUUACGGAAGCACCUGAGGGCUGAUGCCUUCACUCAGCAGCAGCUGGAGGCUCUAGACCGGGUGUUUGAGCGACCGUCAUACCCCGACGUCUUCCCAACAUCGGAGCACAUCAAACCAGAACAGGCAAACGAAUACGCACUACCAGCACUGAACCCAGGACUGGACGAGGUUAAGCCCAGUCUGUCGACGAGCGCCAGCUCCGAUCUGGGAUCCAGCGUUUCCCAGAGCUAUCCAGUAGUGACAGGUCGAGACAUGGCCAGUACGACUCUCCCAGGUUACCCCCCACACGUCCCCCCCACUGGGCAGGGCAGCUAUCCCACUUCAACACUUGCUGGAAUGGUUCCUGGGAGUGACUUUUCAGGAAACCCCUACUCUCAUCCCCAAUACACAACCUACAAUGAAGCUUGGAGGUUUAGCAACCCAGCAUUAUUAAGUUCCCCUUAUUAUUAUAGUGCCGCAUCACGGGGCUCGGCCCCUCCCACUGCUGCCACUGCCUAUGACCGCCACUAGUUACCACGGCAACCACGUCACCCUGCAGCAACACCACCACCACUGCGCACGAAUUGCACCAGUGUGAACAGUGUUAAGGUCCAAUUCAUCGUGGCUCCACCGUCUUCGGUUUUGCAAGGUCAGGCUAAGAUGAAGAGGGUCAAGCAGCCAUGAAUUCGGCCCUCCCGCAUUUCUUCGACUCCUGCCACUUCGAUCACCAACGUCAGAGCCCUCGUUUUUUUCUCAACACUUUGAAUAAUGACUUGAAACUUUUUCCGAAAAGACUUUGAAAGAUUAUACAAAAUCUAUAUAUAAAUAUAUUAUAAAAUAUAAAACAUGACGAACUGUGUGAAAAUACAAAGUAAACAAGUGUUGUGUUUUUAAUUUCCUGUUGCUUUUUUCCCCGUCACUGCAUUCCUUUACAUUCUGUACUUAAUAUUGUUAAGCAAGGAUUGAAUUAGGCAUUUUGGAUUGUCCUGCCAUUUUAACAAUACACCUCUCAUCGUCUCAGAUAUGCAAGAGAUGCAGUUAAAAGGCCUCAGCUUCAAACAUUAUUACCAGUUUAAUCAUCUGAUUACAUGAUGAUAUUAAAGUAUUAUCAUACGUAAAUGUUUUGUGAUACACAAUCAUACAUGUUAACUAUUA